AUGGGGCACCCCGAGCCGACCCUGCCCCCGGCGCCCGAGGCGGGCCACGCCAGUUACAUAAAGGGCUUAUAUAAAGGACUCAGCCGGCGCGGCCACAUGGGCUGCAGCGAGAGGAGGUGCAGAAGAGGCAGCGGGGCUAACAGCUGCAGGUGUCCGCUCUUCACCACGGACACCGUACCUGCAGCCUCGGCCCCGCCGCGGCCGCUCUGGGCCGCUAGGGCAGCCCAGUCCCCAGGGCAUCCCCAGGACGGAGCGGACCAUCCCCCCCCGAGGGGGAAGAAGAAGAAGAGGGCAGCCCAGGGACGGCAAGGCUUGAGCCAGGUCCCAGCCCGAAGUCCCGCUCCGCCGCGUCCCGGGGCCGGACGGAGGGAUGAAGAAAGGGGGACCCCAGCAGCGCCGUUGCUGCUCCCCCCGCAGCCCGCAGCCAUGGAAACGGGCGAGGAGGACGGUGUUCGCCGAGGGACACAAAGCAGUGAGCGGAAAAGGCGAAGCCCAGGGCUCCGGGCGCCCAGCGCAAAGCUGAGGCCGGCGGCAGCGGCCCAGGCCCAGGCUCAGGCCCAGGCCCAGGCCAUGGAGGCGGCCGCGGAAGAGGAGGCGGCCGCGGGCAAGGCCUACCUGGCGGCGGCGCUGAGGCGGCGGGAGGUGGCGGCGCGGCCGCGGUACAGCCUGCUGGCGGAGAUCGGGCGCGGCAGCUACGGCGUGGUGUACGAGGCGGUGGCCGGGCGCAGCGGGGCCCGGGUGGCCGUGAAGAAGAUCCGCUGCGACGCGCCCGAGAACGUGGAGCUGGCGCUGGCCGAGUUCUGGGCCCUGACCAGCCUCAAGCGGCGCCACCAGAACGUGGUGCAGUUCGAGGAGUGCGUCCUGCAGCGCAACGGGCUGGCCCAGCGCAUGAGCCACGGCAACAAGAGCUCGCAGCUGUACCUGCGCCUGGUGGAGACCUCGCUCAAAGGUGAAAGGAUUCUGGGUUAUGCAGAGGAGCCCUGCUAUCUCUGGUUUGUCAUGGAGUUCUGUGAAGGGGGAGAUCUGAAUCAGUAUGUGCUGUCCCGUCGGCCAGACCCAGCCACCAACCGAAGCUUCAUGCUGCAGCUUACCAGUGCCAUCGCCUUCCUACACAAAAACCACAUCGUGCACAGGGACCUCAAGCCUGACAACAUCCUAAUCACUGAGAGAUCUGGGGUCCCCGUCCUUAAGGUUGCUGACUUUGGACUCAGCAAAGUCUGUGCUGGGCUGGCACCACGAGGGAAAGAGGGUGGUCAGGACAACAAAAAUGUGAAUGUGAAUAAAUACUGGUUGUCCUCAGCCUGCGGCUCUGACUUCUACAUGGCCCCUGAGGUCUGGGAGGGGCACUACACAGCCAAGGCGGACAUCUUUGCCCUAGGCAUUAUCAUUUGGGCCAUGAUAGAGCGGAUCACGUUCAUUGACUCCGAGACCAAGAAGGAACUGCUGGGGACCUACAUCAAGCAGGGGACAGAGAUUGUACCCGUAGGGGAAGCGCUGCUAGAGAACCCAAAGAUGGAGUUGCACAUCCCCCAGAAACGCAGGACUUCCAUGUCUGAGGGGAUCAAGCAGCUCUUGAAAGAUAUGUUAGCUGCUAACCCACAAGACCGACCUGAUGCCUUUGAGCUUGAAACAAGAAUGGACCAAGUCACAUGUGCUGCUUAAAAUUCAGGGCAAAGCAUCCCGGGCGUUUUAUAACUGGGUUGACUUCGCAGGGACCCACAAUCUCUUCAGUAUGUGCAUAGAGGGAAGCAGACGAUCAAGAAGUGGCUGGGUGGCUGAUGGGCGCUCUCUGGACAGCUGGAUCUCUAGCUAUGUGAAGCUUUUGUUUGGGGGGUGGUUGUGGUUUUUUCUGUUUGAUUUUUUUUUUCCCCUCCUUUCAAUUUUUCUUUACCUUUUUUUUGGGAAGCCAAUUGAGACUUCAGAAGAGCAGAAGCUAUUCCGAUGGACAGGCACCAGUUUGUUUAAAGCCAAUUCAAUAUGGACAUAGCAUAUGUGUACUUUUUUUUUUUUUUCAGAUGGGGUCGGGGAAGGAUUUUUGUUCAUCUUUUCUUUUUUUCUCCUUUUCUUCCUUUGUCUCUCAGUCUUGCUUUUUCAAACAACAACUCAUUAAGAAAGAUCCCUUUGUCCAGCCUUUCACCAUCAAACCCAUUCAAAGCCAGGAGGACUUUUCCUAAAGGCUGCUUCUGCUGGUGUGAAACAAGGGUCCCUUCCUCUCAAAUCCCUUCCCUUGGUCAGCCAGGAACUGUUCUGGCCUGAGGAUGAUCCUUCCUGUUAGAUAACUAGGGAGGGAUAAAAGGCCCUGUGUGUCUUCAGUCCUAAGUGAUAUUUAAGUAGCCAGCACUAACUUAUCCCAUGGCAGAGGGUAAAAGAUGCAAGAGGCAGAGAAUGUGCUGGGUCAGACCUGGAAAAAUAUGAGAGGGCCCAGUGCAGGGUUUGGGGGAGGGUGCCAGUGCCCCCAGUCUCGUAGUAUUCUAUGGUUUCCAGGAAUCCAAACUUCAGCCAGGAAUUGGAUUCCCCCACUGUUGGAUGUUUUAUACAUACACACUGUCUGUUUGUCUGUCUUACUCUCAGUCUCUCACUCUAUAGUGAGCUUCCUGUCUCCAGACUGAGUAGAGCUAAAAGGAGGUUGUAAAAGGAUUUUCUUGUGCCCAUCUUUAUGCUGUGUUUCUUCUGCCAGGGGAAUCCAGGAGAGAAUCAGUUGUGCCAAAUCUUUGCUAGGAAGGCAGCCACGUGGUGGUGUUCUUGGGCUAGUCUACCUGGUGCCCCUUUUAGAACCAGCAGGAGAGGAAGGGUCCUUUCUUAGAACUGGCCCAGUUAUAGAGAGUCUGCCAGCAGCAUUAUCAUAGUGGGGACAGACAAGCUGAGGCUAACCCAGCUGGCCUUGCCAACACAUCACUGCCUUGGCUGGGUACAUACAGCCCCUGGGGCUUGACUGAGAAAUCUUGCUAUGCCUUGUUCCCAGUAGAUAGUGGUGAAAGGAAGUCCCUACUAGGGAUCCUAUCCCAAAGUAGGGGUGUUUUCCAUAGGAAUAUACUUGCUCUCUACAGAAGGAAAGGACCUACUUAACUAGAGAAGCCCAUUUGCCAGCUUAGAAACCUUUCGUGUAAUCAGCUUACUACCUUCAAAAUUGCCAGAUUCUUCACUUUCUUUGUGUGUCUGUACACUUUCACCCUCACUCUCUCACACUCUUUCUCUCCCCACCCAAUGUACUUGCCAUCCCUGUAGGGUAAUUUCCCUCUUGCAUUUUCUCUCAGUAUGAUCAAGUGUUGAGGUCAAGUUUUUUGAACAUACAUCUUUGUGGUUCCUCUCCAUCUCAGUGGCAAAAGCAUUAUACCCAGUUAUAGCCAGGUGGGAAAGGUGACAGAUGUUAAAGGAAAAGUCUUUUUUUUUUUUUCUUUUUUCCUUCCUUCUGCCUAAAGCCAGGGAAAAUUGACCAGGGAUGACAGGGACAAGGAAAAGACAUUUUUACUAUUUCUGCAUCUCCUUUGGUUUGGCAGGCCCUCUAGCCAGCACACCCAACUUGGGACCCUGUUUUCUAUACCUAUACAAUUAAAAAAUAUCUAUUUUCUCAGUUUUCCUGCUGGGAUUCUUCUAGCCUUCAAAUACUGAGAUAUGUUCCACACCUGUUGUGGACAGUUAGCUUCAGUCAGCAUGAUUCAGCGAAACCCUGCCUCAAAGUUGGAGGCCCAGACCCCUGCUUGGCCUUCCAUAAGGCAAUUCAUUUGUUCUAGGUAUGACUCUUUGUUUCUCUCUCCAACUUCUUAGGUAGACAGCUCCUUGGAUCAGUAUGGAUACACACUGCUCUUGAAAGUCUGAUCUGGGAGAAAUCCUAAUUAAGAUGAAGGCUGUUUCUCUGCCCCCAGCCCUCUUUUCCCAUGGGGCAGACUUGUCUCUUCAUUCAUUAGUGAAUGGUAGAAAACAGUCCCAUAUUCAGUGCCACGAAUUCCCCCUUGUCUGCACCUUCCUCUCCCCCCAAGCCCUGCACAGGAAUCCCUAAUGAGGGUUCAAGGGCUAAUUUGUUUUAUUUAAAGAUUGGUUAGAGUUUAGGAUGAUUUUUUUCCCCUCUUAUCAUAAAUCUCCUCUCCCAGUUCUUUCGAGGUUCUUCUCAACCUUCCAUCUCUCCUGACCUAAACUUUUCCUCAUCACCCUUUACUGACUCUCAGAAUCUUCCCCUCCCCCCACCCCUUCCUUCCAGGAGGUCACAAAAGCUCCACAUUUCAGACAUUCUAGUCUACACGUGAGAAAGGUGGUUGUGUCUGGUGUUUGGUAGGCAGCCCAUGACCAAGAUUUUUGAGUUCUUCACUCCCUGGCCUCCUAGCAUAGAAAGCUAGCCUUGCCCUCUUGGCUUUGACCCAAGCGUCGACCAGGACUUCUUUGACGCUGGCUUCAGUGAGAGCCAUCUAGUCAGUUCCAAGUGCCUGCCCUUCUACUUGUCUCCCACUAUAUCCCAGGGCUCUAUCUAGAAACCACAUCAAAAAGGUACCAGGCUGAAUGUUUUUCUGUGCUCUCCUCUGCCCAUAACUAGAAAGGCAGGUUGUUUACAGGCCUAAUCUAGAGGUUGUUCAGCAGUUCAUAGUGUGGCACAAUUAAGUAGUUCUUGAAGCAGUUAAUGAUUGUUCAUUCCCUUUACCAUGCCCCUUCUAUAUUACUCUUCUUCUUUCUCCCAUACCAGUGUCCUAUGCCUGAUAGUGGCAUUGCUCAAUUCUAACAACUAUGGCCAAUCUCAUCCUAGUCCAAAAAGUAAAGCCUUUCCAGGAUUUCAGGAUCAAUAGGUAUUCUUGCUUGGCUAUUUCUUCACUGUGUAGCCCUUCCCCUAUCCCUACUAAAAAUCCCUUUUGGCAAACUGGUAACAUUUCAUUGCUUUUCCAGAGUCCAUAGAAUGGACUUCACCCUGUGCAGAAUAUAGAAUCAGAAAGGGCAGUCCAUCCCAAGGCCCAAGCCUGCAUCUUCCCUGUGGAAAGCAGAUAGGCCUUCCAGGCUAAAUCUGUUUCUCUUAAGGCCAGAGAAUCCCAGGGACAGACCAUAGUGCCUUAUACUGGAAACUUCAGCCUCACAAAGUAUAUCACACUUUUGUCUUCCUCUCUCCUUCUCUCUCCCCUGUCUGUUCCUCAUCUCCCUUUUCUGCUCCAGUCAGCUCUCUUCGUCAUCUCCUUCCUGUCAGUGUCUGUGGACACUUUUUAUUUCUCUGGGCCUCUUCCAGGAGCAGACUUUUCUGGUGUUUUUAGUUCUCUGAACUGUCAGGAAAAGGCUCUUAUCCUGGGCAUAAGUAACUGUACAGAAUUCUCAUGUUCGUGGGAAGACCAGGUUUUUGCCUUGUGACCCACUUCAUCUUUUCCCACACCUUCCUGAGGACAUUGGUUGCUCUCCUAGAGGAACAGAGACAGGGGCCUCCAUUUGGAUUUUGAUUUGUAGUAAGAGUUUUUUUUUGCAAGUCAGGCUUUCCUGUUCUGUUUCUGCCUCCUCCCCAUCAUUUCUCUUUGCUGGUAGUGCUGCUGGCUAAGAUUCCUCACCUGGGCACAUCCCCACUAAUGACGAGAGUUGGGAGAAUGUCAAUGCAUAGGAAUGUGGGAUAAGCCCAGCAGUGCAGGCUGCUGUUCAGGAGUCAUUAAACCAGGUUACUUGGCACCCAUUGGUGGAAAUAAUGAACCUGGUUCUAAAUAGACUAAAUUACCCACUUUGGGGCAUUGAAGACAAACCUGGUUGUCAAGCCCCAUUUUGUUGGUCUCUUUCUCCCUUUCCCAUAGAUGAGCAAGUGUCUUCCUCUCCACCAUACCCUGCCUCAUGCCCAGAGCUGACUUUGCAAAGGCUCUCCUCAAAGUAAUAUGAUUCCCAAGGGGUCUAGGAGUGAGUGUAUGAAAUUGUUUACUUUUGAAAUGUCCUGUUUACAGUAGGGAGGGGCCAAACUCGAGAGGCAAUGGGUUGGGACUUUUGAAAGCACAAGGAGUUCAAAUCCUUAUUGAACACCUAGUAUCCUUUGUGAUGCAGCCAGCAGUUAGCCCUGGGGGAGGGGUAUUGUAUUCCUAUCCCUCUCUUUUUCCCCUCCUGUUUUCAAAAUCCAGAGGUGCUAGGACUAACAGGCCAAUAGUCCCCUUCCCAGGUCUUCCUGCCUGUUUUGUGUUUCUCCCCUUCCUCCUCCUUUCGGAAUUUUCAGAUCCUUGACAUAUCAGAUGUCUCCUUGAACCAGAGUGCUUGGAGCAAUAAGGUGUUUUUUUUUUUUUUUUAAAGUAACUGGAGGAAAGUGAUGUCCGUAUGGAUUCUCUUCCUCAAUUCUGUUUUGUUUUACUUUUGAAGUCUCAGUAGGCAGGAUAUAGUCAGGGUUUAAGCCUGCCUGGUACCACAAACGGGCACAAACACCACAUCUUGCCCCUCCUCCAGGCUAGCAAAUCCCCAGGCUGAGGGAGCAGGGAAUACUGCUGAUUUGUUUUGUGGGCCUCUUACUGCACACUGACAGCUCAGCUCACCAGCCUGGCCUGGGGAAUGUGCCUUGCCUGCCAUUGGCCAAAUCUAUACACACCCCCAGAUCCAUGCAUCAAAGCUGGCUGGGGUCUCUUUUUGCCAUUGCUUGCCCAGCUUCCCCUUUCCAGGCCUCUGGUCCAAGAUCAGACCCCUGAUUAUGUCCUUCCUUUCCCAUACUUCUUUAUGUUAAUGAAGUUCAACCAUCUUGCAAAUGGGAACCUUGAGAGCCCCAGACUUUGGGCAUCUGAUUGAUGAUCAGGAUAGAUAGUGUUGGUAAAUUAGACAGAUUACUGGCACUUGGAAGCCACAGCACUGGAUUAAUGAUAAUGCCUCUGAUCUUGCCAUGCCCAGGGAUUUGGUUAAAGGAUUGACUUCCAUGUAUGAUUUCACCUGUUAACAGCCCCAUAGCCUGGUCCCAAGUAUGAAGGCAUAGCAAGCCUUCCACAUACUCACAAGAAUAACAUUAGUAAGUCUUCAUGUGCACAGACAUCAAAAGCAAUAAACAUCUUGCUGUCAAGCCCCUAUACAUUAAACUGGUAGAACUUGAUGCCAUUGGUUUCAGUGUGAUAACAAUAAGGCUUUUAGCUGAUUCCCUUAGAAUUCUGACUCCAGAAUAACCCACCUCUGCCCUGGGUUUUACCUGGGUGAAUCGAUUUUUCUCCCCACUCCUCAACCCCUUUCCCCCCCCAAAACAAUUCCAUUCAAACACUUAGAGCCCCAGCCAAGAGAGGAGGAGCCCCACCCACCCUCUGUAAAGUUGCCCUACCGGCAGCACAGGGCCUGGCAUUUCCACAGCACUUUGAACCCCCAGCACCCUUUUCCCAGGCCACAAGAGAGAGGGAGCAAGGUAGCAAGCUUUGUGUAGGAAACUGAAAAAGCAGGUGGCCACGUAGUUAGAGGAGAGCAAGAGGAAAAAGUCAUCUUCACCCCUCAGAGACUCCUUUCCUAAAGAGCUACAGGUUAGAUAGAACCCAGUGGCUCCUUCGACACAGUGGACAGGACAGAGGCAGGCAGGUGUGAGGGAAAGGCUUAAACCCAGGCUCAAAGUUAGUUUAAAAUACUAGUUAAUAAAUCUAUUUUUCUGGGUUGGUUUUUUUUUUUUGUUUGUUUUUUGUUUUUUGGUUUUUGUUUUUUGGGGUUUUUUUUGUUUGUUUUUUUUUUUUUUUUUUUGCACAGAAGCUGGUAAUCUAGGACCUACGUGUGAACAACUUUAUAUAAAUAUUUUUUGUACUCAGUUUACUUGGGUUGGAUUGAAACCUUGUAUUUAAGUUCCUCGAACACUGUGGAUCCCCUGAUGUGUAUGAAUGGCAGACACUUUGUAAAUUAAGAGACGUUUGUGUGAAUAAAGCUAUUUGAUGGGGUUGAAGAA